CUGUCGUGUCAGCAACAACGUGAAAUGUGCAAUUCCUGGCUGUUGCUCAUAAUUGCGCUCACUGUUGUCUGCCUGUGGAACUCGCAACAAACCGAAACAUCCAAAUCAUGCCCAGCCGAGUGCAUCUGCUUGUCCCAGACUCAAGUGCUGUGUAACACGGGCGGACUCGAGCAGAUACCGCUGCGCCAGCUGCCAGCGACGGUGGAGAAUCUGGCGCUGACCAAAAACAAUUUCCCGAUUAUCAAGCCGGACUCGUUCGCCGGCCUGCGGGCGCUGAAGAAACUUUCGCUGGACGGCAACAACAUAACGCGCAUCAAGCAGUUUGCGUUUAGGGGCUUGCCACGCCUACGCGAACUCUCGAUACAGUACACGCCGCUGCAGCUGGUGGCGCAAUUCGCAUUCGCCGGACUGCAGAAUCUAUCGACGAUACUGCUGAGCCACAAUCAGAUUCAGCGCAUCGAGGGCAACGCCUUUGCGGGCACCUCGAACAUCAAGCUGAUCCUGCUGAGCAACAAUCCGCUGAUACGCAUCGAGAGCUCCGCCUUCAGCAGCCUAACCAAUGUGGGUCACUUGAUACUGCCCUCGGGCAUACGCAGCAUCGAGCAGGACGCGUUCUUCGGCAUGGAUGCGGUCGGACUGCUGAAGUUGGCCUACAUGGACCUGAAGGAGAUCUCGCCGUUCACCUUUCGCGGCCUGUCCAAUGUGCUGCUGCUGACGCUGCAAGAGUCCGACCUGGGCGUCAUCUGUGCCGACGCCUUCACCGGUCUGACGCAGGUCGAGACGCUGCAAAUCCUGAACAACAAAAUCGAUUCGAUUGAGGAGCUCAACUUUACGAACACGGCGGCGAUCAAGCAUCUAAAGUUCCACGGCAAUCAUGUGCUGGAGACGCCCGAUCCCAAUGCCAUCAUCGUCGACGGCGUCGAUCAUCUGCAGCUGCUGAACAAUCAUUUCCCCUGCGGCUGUCACAUCCACACGCUGCUCGACGGGCCGCUGGCCGAGGGUGCGCACAAUCUGAGCGACUUUCUGCAGAAGAACUACUGCAUCUCGCCGCUGGAGGUGAACGGACGCAUGAUGAGCGAGCUGGACAUCGAUGCCAUUGGGCGUUGUGCCGAUCAGCUGACCAAAGGCAAUCUCGGCUCAUCGGCGGCUUCGCUUGCUUUGGGGCUGACACCGAUGCUGCUCAUUGCUGUCGCCUCGUGCCUGGAGUGGCGACUAGCUGCGCCCCAUGUGCUCUGGCGACGUCGACGCAAGCGACGGCGUCAGCCAUAA